AUGAUUUCUGAUUCUGAAGGAGACUCUGAAUAUGAGUCAGAGUUAGAAUAUGAAUUUGAAUUUGAAGUCGAGUCUGAUUCUGAAUAUGAGUCAAAAUCUGAAGAUUGGUCAGAAUCUGAAGGUUCUAAAGAAGAUUCAGAAUCUGAGGGUUCUAAAUAUGAGUCUGAGUCAGAAGAUGACUCUAAAGCUGAAGAUGAGUCAGAGUCUAAAGGUUACUCUGAAGAUGAAGAAGACUUUAAAGACGAGUCUGAUUCUGAAGGUGAAUAUGAUUUUGAUCUAGAUUAUGAUGAUGAUCCAGAAUCUGGAACUAAUCCAAUCUCUAGAGAUGGAGCUUCUGAAGGUGGAGUCUUUAAAGGUGGUUCAACUUCCGAGGAUGGUCAAACAUCUGAUAUUAUACAUAAUCAGAAGGAGAUUUUGAACAAGUUCAAAGGCGACAAAGAAUCAUAA